AUGAGUUUCAGGAAGCGUAAUGUCGAUCAACAACCAAAAUUACCUGCGGGUUCUCGUCUCAGUGCUUACAAUGGACAACUGUUAAUAUCCACCGGAGUACCUUCACUCGAUGAUAUCUUGGGAGGCGGUUUACCUGUCGGAACCGUACUGCUGAUCAAAGAAGAUCGUGCGACGACAUAUGCUCAAUUGUUGUUGAAAUACUUUAUGGCCCAGGGUAUUGCCUCUGGUCACCACUGUGCAUUGGCAACACGCGACGAAGAUCCUGGAGAACUGAUGCACAAUCUCAUGUGGCUGGCCACAACAGAUGCAGACGAGGAUGAAGAUCAUGACAAGCGUAAACAAGCUCAGCAAUCAGAGAGUGAUCGCAUGAAGAUUGCCUGGAGAUACUCUCAUCUAAAGUCGUUUGAUUCUAGCCUCAAAGCAAAGCCAGCUUCACCUAUUGCUCCAGCAUCACCUAGUUCAAUUUCUCUCAAAGAUCUUGGUAAAUCUGGAUCUGGUUUAACUAAACAAUCACAGCCAGCAGCAGGAACAACAGAACCGCCACCACAGCAAUUGCCUUUCUGCAGUAUGUUUGACUUGACAAAGCGCAUACCACAACAGAUUUUAGAAGAAGCGUCUGUUAGUUUGAUUGAACCUCCUCCGGAAGACGGAUCUAUGGAUGAUUAUCAUGUUCUAUUGGAGUCUAUCCGCAAGAUCAUUAUUGAAGGCAAUUUCAGUUCUGCAUUGCCUGCUCCUCCAAACACUACACGUAAAGCGCUGAGACUCGGAAUUCAUUCAUUAGCUUCUCCUGGAUGGCAAAUGAAGUCCCCUCAUGAUCUUUACAAGUUUUUGCACGGAUUGCGGGGCUUGCUCCGGUUUUCAUUUGGAGCUGCUGUUGUGACCGUCCCGGCUUAUCUUUAUGACGAAUCGCCAUUCUUUAUUCGCCGCAUAGAACAUAUUGUGGAUGCAGUUAUUGAAAUUGAAUCAUUUGCAGGAUCCUCGGUUCACAACGAUGCCCCUUACACACAGAAUUACCAUGGUUUCUUCCAUGUCCACAAGUUGCCAGUCUUAAACUCUUUGUUGCCACCUAGCACAAAACUAUCAGUACUCUCGGGUGGAGGAAGCAACGAUCUGGCAUUCAAACUCCGUAGAAAGAGAUUUGCCAUAGAAACCUUUCACUUACCACCCGAAGGCGGAAUGGGUGUACGCCAAACAGAACCCACCCCAACAGCAGUCAAGAAAGCGACAGUCAAGGAGAAGUUGUGUGGCUCACUUCCUGGAAAGAAAGACUUGCUCGAGUUCUAA